CAAGAUGGCGUCGGAGAACAACAAGAGAAUUCCAUAAGGGAGUUAUUGUAAACAGGCUCGCAAAAGUGAAAUUUUAAAGCAUUCAAGUUGAUUUUUUUUAUUGAGAAAGAACGUAGCGUGAGUACGACAUGGCAAAGUCGGUACUCAGUUCGGAUACGUUGCCGAAAGCAGGCAGAGUAAACGAAGUAUGUCGUGAGUGGCUCGUACAUGAAGACGGAGCUCUAGCAUAUCGCCUUCAAGAUGAAGAGAUUUUGAUUCCAGUUAAAGAACAUUACACUGGUAAUAAGUCACGAAACGCACAGGUGAGGGAAGAUGCGCCAAGAGCUCGCGUUGAGCAGGAACUGGAAGCUAUCCGAUAUCAAUCAUACGUACAGCAACAGGAGGAAAGAGAUGCUCUCGUAGCAAGGCAAAUAGCAUUAACUCUGGAGCGAGAGGAACAGCAAAAGGAACGCGAAUUGCGGGAACGAAUGAGACUUCAGCUUCGUCUUGACGACGAGGCCGCACAAAUGGAAGCCGAGCGUGAGAUUCAACGACGUAUUCAAGAAGAAAAAGAUCAAGAACUAGCCAGAAAACUGCAACAAGAAGAAGAGGAGCGAGCAGUAGAUUCUCAGGAUGGACCGCCCGUGGAUAGUCAGUUCCUUCUCGAUCAGAAAAUGGCGAUAGAGGCUCAGGAUGCAGAACUUGCUCGCAUGCUCCAGGAAAAGGAACGAGCAAAGGCGAAACGAGCUCGAGAACGCGCCAAACAAAAGAAACUCGAGCGACAGCAGCAAUUGCAACAGGAGCAAGAACAUCAGCCACACCUAGAGCAGCACAACAGCCUAGAAAAAGUACAAAGACCCGACAAGCUGGACUUAAAGGUCACUUCCGAGAAAAUGAGGACCCGCGCUAAACCAAAUUACCCACAGUUUCCCGAUCCCGAAGAGAUUCAGGUUUUGGAAGAUGAGCCCGAGGAGGAGAUUCGAGAGGUUCCCAAUGUCGCGGCGAUGAUCGAUCCCACUUACAAUGGAAACACGAUGCGAAGUUCCUCCAGCGGCUCCAGCACUGUGAGUCCCACUUAUCCACUGCCCACACCCCCUCAAGAAAUAAUGGGGGAUGAUGUUCCUUGUUAUAUGCCUAUUCAGGGACAGAGGCGUAAUCAAAUACAGGUGCCUCAAACGCACGAAGAAAAGCACAAACGGAGGGUAAAAGAUGGCUGCAAACAGCAGUAACGGAAGGAAAGUUGAAGAGUUAUGAUAUCGAAGACAAUGAUUGGUUCAUUUUUUUUUAAGACAUCGAAGGAGAUUUUACAAACUUUCGAUGAAAGAUAAUAAUGUUCAAAUAUAUUGCUAUCGAGGGGUACAUAGGUUAUUGCAAUAACUUUAAAAUUACUAAAAAUUUCCCGUCAAUCAACCGAUUGCAAAUUUUUACUUUUCGAAUGAGAAAUUUCCUAUUUUCAGCAUUUUCAGCAUUUUCAA